CUCUGUGCUCCGGGACAUCUCAUCCGACUCAGGACAAAGAUCCACUGCUCAUCAUGCCGGACGCCAUCGUGAAAGCGCCCAAGAAGGGCUCAAAGAAAGCCGUCUCUAAGACCGCCACCAAGACUGGCAAGAAGAGGAGAAAGUCCAGGAAGGAGAGCUACGCCAUCUACGUGUACAAGGUGAUGAAGCAGGUCCACCCCGACACCGGCAUCUCCUCCAAGGCCAUGGGUAUCAUGAACUGCUUCGUGAGCGACAUCUUCGAGCGCAUCGCCGGUGAGGCCUCCCGUCUGGCUCACUACAACAAGCGCUCCACCAUCACUUCCAGGGAGAUCCAGACCGCUGUCCGCCUGCUGCUGCCCGGGGAGCUGGCGAAGCACGCCGUGUCUGAGGGCACCAAGGCCGUGACCAAGUACACCAGCUCCAAGUAAACUGCUGUGAAGUCAACUACUCAAAGGCUCUUUUAAGAGCCACCCACUACAUCUGGAGACUUGUCCUGUCAGUUAAACUAUUUAUUAUACAGUGUACAAUAUUUAUAAUUUCGUUAAUAUAACAUUUACAAAUAAUAACUUUGGUACAGAACUGCCAUUGCACAUGAAUUACAGGUGUACAAAUUAUCCUUGUCAGUCAUAGUUAAAUGUCCUUUUCUGCCUGUAUUUUAAAUGUCUAAACUAAAUGUAAUAUAUAUUGGUUGUACAACGUAAUCUACCUAUGACAAACGCCAGUGCUUUAUGCAGGUAAUUUCCUGUGCAUCUAAAAGUCUGUCUGAAGACACUAGCGUGUCACUUUCUUUUCAUCACUGUGUACACCACACAAUUGGGACUUGAGAUGAAGCCAAAACAAUGUUGCAGCAAAGAGAUUCUUCACACUUGUUGAGACUUUAAUGUUCUGCAGUCAUACCGAGAAGAAGAUGCAAGUGUGUGUGUGUGUAUAUAUAGCAAGGUCAAGUAAAACACACCUGGACACACCUGAAGACCUCAGGCCAGUUUAUUGCCAUCAGAUGUGUAAGGUUGUGUAAAAACAAUAAAUAACAAUUAUGCUAUUAGA